CCGUCACUUCCUGCCGCUACCGGUGUGGACGGUGGGUGGUAGCGGGCCGGCUCUCCGGCGCUCCCCUCCCCUCCUCCCUCCCUCCCUGUCCCUCCCUCGGCGGCCGAGCGUCGCGGGGAGUCCCGACGCGGCGUCAGCGUGAGUGCGGGGCCCUGAAGCAGCCCGAGACGCCGCGGCUGCGAAGAACCACGACCGCGACCCCCGGUCCCCGCUCCGCGUCACCGCGCUCGCCGCCGCCAUGGCCAUGAGGCAGACGCCGCUCACUUGCUCGGGCCACACGCGGCCCGUGGUGGAUUUGGCCUUCAGCGGCAUCACGCCCUACGGCUACUUUCUGAUCAGCGCUUGCAAAGAUGGCAAACCUAUGCUCCGCCAGGGAGAUACAGGAGACUGGAUUGGAACAUUUUUGGGUCAUAAAGGUGCUGUUUGGGGUGCAACAUUGAAUAAGGAUGCCACCAAAGCUGCUACAGCAGCUGCAGAUUUCACAGCCAAAGUGUGGGAUGCUGUCUCAGGAGAUGAAUUGAUGACCCUGGCUCAUAAGCACAUUGUCAAGACUGUGGAUUUCACACAGGAUAGCAAUUACUUGUUAACUGGGGGACAGGAUAAAUUGCUGCGCAUAUAUGACCUGAACAAACCUGAAGCAGAACCUAAAGAAAUCAGUGGUCAUACUUCGGGAAUUAAAAAGGCCCUGUGGUGCAGUGAUGAUAAGCAGAUCCUUUCAGCUGACGAUAAGACUGUUCGGCUUUGGGAUCAUGCUACAAUGACAGAAGUGAAAGCUCUAAAUUUUAAUAUGUCUGUUAGCAGCAUGGAAUAUAUCCCUGAGGGAGAGGUUCUGGUUAUUACUUACGGACGAUCUAUUGCUUUUCAUAGUGCAGUAAGUUUGGAGCCAAUUAAAUCCUUUGAAGCUCCUGCAACCAUCAAUUCUGCAUCUCUUCAUCCUGAGAAGGAGUUUCUUGUUGCAGGUGGAGAAGACUUUAAACUGUAUAAGUAUGAUUACAAUAGUGGAGAAGAAUUAGAAUCCUACAAAGGUCACUUUGGUCCCAUUCACUGUGUGAGAUUUAGUCCUGAUGGUGAGCUCUAUGCCAGCGGUUCUGAAGAUGGGACAUUGAGAUUGUGGCAAACUGUGGUAGGAAAAACCUAUGGCCUGUGGAAAUGUGUGCUUCCUGAAGAAGACAGUGGUGAACUGGCAAAGCCAAAGAUCGGUUUUCCAGAAACAGCAGAGGAGGAACUGGAAGAAAUUGCAUCAGAGAAUUCAGAUUCCAUCUAUCCUUCAACUCCUGAAGUUAAGGCCUGAGCAUCAAAUGUAUGCUGCAGAUACCACAUAUUUCAUGGACUAAACAGCAGAGACAAGCAUCAGCCUUCAGUUACUCUGCCUGCGGCAAAGAGGGCACAAAUAUGGGGGAAUAUGAAUUAGCUCCAGUGCACGAACAAAAGUCGGUGUUGCCUGUGAGUGAAAGUAGCUGAGUGUAUGAGGUGCGGGCAGGAGGAUUAUGCUCACGUAGUGCCAUAACCUGCUGUUUUGAACGAACAAGCCAAUGUACAAUUUCCAUCCUAAGCCUAAAUUAUGUUAUGGAGAACAAAAAUAUAUUGGCCUAUUUUUCUGACUUUUCCCUUAAAGCAGAAUGCCUUUUUUUUCCUCUUUGCUUCGUUGUGAAGAAGAGGAAAUACAUGAUAAAGUACCUGGUUUGAUCUCUUUCAUUGUACACUGACUGCUUCUGAACAGCUAAUGUUUUUAGUUAUCUAAAUAAAAUGCCUCUAAAAGUAAUUUUGUUUCUUUGAGAAAUUCUGAUACAUUUGAAUAUUAAAACUGUAAAUACCCAGAAAGUUUUCUACAUUAUACAAACGCAGCCAUAGCAGAAGACAAUUUGGUUACAGAGUCUCAACUAAACAUUUCCUAGUUUUGAAAUUUAGUUAUUUGCUAGGUGUUCAUUUAUCUUCUUCCAGAUUGAUAGAAUUGCUUUUGUCUUCUCUUUAAAUAUGCAUGUUAGUUACUAAAAAAAAAAAAGCAAUUAGAGCAGAAAAAUCAUUUGAAACCUCAAUUCUUCUGGAAACUACUACUGUAUGUAGUAGAAUAUCUGCUUGUUUGUACAAAUGCCCACAUGAUUUUAUGAAACUGGGUUAAUCAUUAAUUUGCAAUAUUUAAGACAUAUCAGACUUUUUAUCACAUCAUUUAAGUUUGGGUCAUUCAGAAAGCCAUCAAUCUUUUAAUAAAUUGGUUGAGUAAAUUUGUAGUUUAUUUUACAAUAUGAAGAGAACUAAUAAUUUGGAAAUGUAGAUAAACUGAGUGUUAAUUUGUUUUCUUAUAAUUUAUCUUUUGAAUACCUUUAAUACUUGCCUUAGAAGAAAAAGCUAAGUUUUGCCUGGUUUGUGACAGCUGGAAGAAGGCACUACAAGCAGGGCUGGCCUGGGCGAACCAGGGGAAGCAUGUCACGGGCAAAGUGCAGUGAUGAGCCUCUGGUGUUGGUGUUCCUGUGUCUAUGUUAAACAUCCCUGGUUCUCUGCUCCGUAGCAGUACUGUUACUGUAUGAGAUUAGACUGAGAGUCUUACCCUAAUAAAAUUGACAUGCAUCUUUUGGAAUGGAAGUUGCUUGGUGUUAAUGAAAUUAAUAAAUUAAGGGCAUUUCUAA